AUGUCACCAGUGAAUUUGCGACCAAAAAGUGUUUCAACAUCUUUUAAAAGCAUUCCGUCACAGAAUCAAGCUAAUAACAUCGGAACAUUUCGUCUAAGGCAUGGUUCUGAUGUGGCUCCAUCAAUAAAUAAUACCAAAGACGUCAGGGACCGGCUACAUGUUGAUCUUGAACCACAGCUCUCUCCAUCAUCUUUACACUCUGGAUUACAAUUGGCAGAGGCUAUUCGACGGAUCAAACAAAACUUUGUUCCAAAUUUUAAGAACACAGAUGACAACAGUUUAAUUCGAAUUAUGCAAAAUAGUGACAUUCCUACUACAACCGAGGAAGAUUCUAAAGGAGCAAACGUCUUUGACAGUUUUGGAAUACUUUUAAAAGACGAACUCUCUGAAAGGAAAAGUGUGGUAGAUCAUUUAGAUAUUAUCAUAGCACCAACAGUGUUGUCUGGCGAGAGGAAUGUUCCAGCAUGGGUAACGAAUUCAAUCACAGAAAGGUUCAAGCAUCCGUUCAUGUCUGUGUUACAUGAUUCUUACACAUCACAAACUUCUGAAUUCACCAGUCAAUCAGAAUCUCUCGAUGUUAAUUCAAACCAACAAAGAUUAAACGUUAAAGACAAUAACAUCUACGGUCGUCAGGAUGAUUUAGAAAAAAUACUGGAUUCCUUCUUUAAAGAAAAUGUGAGAAAAAUGCCUUGUUCUGUCAAAUUGUAUCCAGUUUAUAGGGGAAUUAUGAUAAAUAUAGGGAAAGAAAUUCAAAAGAAGAACAUUUCUUCUGAAGAAGAUAAACUAGGGAAGCUUUUCGUUAUGUUGUGGCUAGAUCUAGAGAUAUGUGACCACAUUAAAUUGUCUAAAACACGAUGGCUUGUAGAAAAGCUGAAAAAAUAUGAAGACAAGAAGUCGAUAGACAAUUCAAGGGAAACUACAAGAUUGUCUAAAAAUGUUAUUAAAAAGAGGCAAUUUUUGCAAAGAACUUUAAGGAAGCGAUACAGAUUUUAUGAAUCGUUCAUACGACGCAUGGAAAAUAAAAAAAAUAAAAAGAGAAGGAAUCCUAACUUUCGACAAAAUGAGUCAGACUCUCGGGGCCAUUUUAGCAAAAACCGUUAUAGUGGUGACUCGUCAUCUACUUCUAGCGACGAUUCACUGGAAGAAAGAGAUUAA